UUCCUUAAGCUUAAGAACUUAAAAAUGUUUGUCCAUUUGGCUAGCGAGGUGAUCAAAAUGGGAAGAACGCCUUGCUGUGACAAGAAAGGUUUGAAGAAAGGUCCAUGGACUCCUGAAGAAGAUGAGAUUCUCGUUGAAUAUAUCAAGCAAAACAGUCACGCAAGCUGGAGAACACUUCCAAAGAAAGCUGGUUUACUUCGCUGUGGAAAGAGUUGUAGACUGAGAUGGACCAACUAUCUAAGACCAGACAUAAAGCGAGGUCCGUUCACUCCAGAGGAGGAGAAACUCGUUGUCCAGCUUCACGCCAUUCUCGGCAACAGGUGGGCUGCUAUAGCAGCACAGCUUCCAGGGAGAACAGACAACGAGAUCAAGAAUUUAUGGAAUACUCACUUAAAGAAACGUCUUCUAAGUAUGGGUCUUCAUCCCAAAAGCCAUGAGCCUUUACCUUCAUAUGGGUUAGCGAAACAAGCCCCAGCUUCACCAACAACUCGCCACAUGGCUCAAUGGGAAAGUGCUAGGGUUGAAGCUGAGGCAAGGCUUUCUAGAGAGUCAACGCUUGUUAAAUCUGAUUGUGAUCACUUCUUACGCAUUUGGAACUCUGAGAUUGGUGAAUCUUUCAGAAACAUUGCUCCAUCUGAUCAGUCAACUACUAGUCAAAGCCUUAGCUCUAGGACAACAUCUUCUUCAUCUACACUUGUAGGGAAAGAGAUUGUUGUGAGGACUCAUGGAUCUGAUUCUUCUCCUUGUUGGAAUAAUCUUGAAGAUGUUUCAUCAGACUCUGCUUUUCAACUUCUGCUUGAUUUCCCUAUAAGUGAUGAUGAUAUGAGCUUCUUGGAAGAGAACAUUAGUUUGUUUUAGAACUUGAAUAGUGUCCAUGUUGAUUCUUCUUACUAGUUAGCAAGCAUUCCUCUCUUUAUGUUUUGAUGAUGCUACUAAGAGAAACAACAAUGAACAUAUUUUCCA